UGGAGUCCCCACUGUGGAGAAUCGCUUUACAAAAUUAUGUUUAAGCGUUUCAUUCUCUAGAGAAUUCACAAAAAGCCACCCUUUUUAAUGGAAAACCCUAGCUCUGAUCAGCUCGUUCUCUUCAUCGAUCAACAAAACCCUAAACCUUCAAGCAUGGAAACCGAGCUCAAGGACCAAAUAGCUGAAGAGCAGAAGUCCUGGAACCCGCCAGCUAGAACGAAAACCCUUCGCCGCCUCAGCUUCUCCAAACCAAAAGCUCGAUUACUAGAGUUCAACUAUCCGGCAACUGGCCACAAACCAAUUCCUGAAUCCGAGGAAAGCGAACCGUUUCUGGAAAACUAUUCUUCAAGCGAAGAUGAUGACGAUGAAGAUGAGAACGAGUGGGAGAAAGAAUAUGAUGAAGAUGACGGAGGAACGGGAGGAGAAAAAGUGAGAAAGAGGAGAAAAAUUCAAUGGAGACUAUUGAUAGAAUGGAUGUUGUUCAUCAUUAUUAUGACUUGUUUGAUUUGUUCUCUGACGAUAAAGUCGAUCAAGAAUGAGCUCACUUGGGGACUUGAGACGUGGAAAUGGUGCUUAAUGGUGAUGGUGACCUUCUGCGGCCGCCUGGUUUCGGGGUGGUUAAUGACUUUCGUCGUCUUCUUAAUCGUCCGCAACUUCAUGCUCAGAGAAAAGGUUUUGUAUUUCGUUUAUGGACUCAGAAAAAGCAUCCAAAACUGCGUCUGGUUGGCUCUCGUACUCCUCUCAUGGAGUAUGUUCAACGGGAAAGUCCACAAAAACAAAAUUCUCAAGAAAGUCUUUCAAGCUCUCGUUGCAGUACUCCUCGGUGCAACGAUUUGGCUUAUGAAAAUCUUUCUAGUGAAAUUAUUAGCCUCAUCGUUUCACGUUACCACAUAUUUUGAUCGAAUGAAAGAGAGUGCCUUUCAUCACUAUAUUUUGGAUACACUUUCAGGACCACCAAUGAACAUGGACGGGAUCGUGAAACAAGGCCAUAAUCUGACGGAAUCGAAGUCGAUGCCGGCGAGAUGGAAGGAGGGGAAGUUGAAGGAAGCAAGGAAUGUUUACAAGUCUAAAAAGUUUGGGUCUAGGAAGAUUGACAUGGAGAAGCUGAGGAGGCUGAGUACGGAGAGGAGGGCUUCGGCUUGGACCGUGAAGAGGUUGGUGAAUUACAUAAGGUCAUCAGGUUUGUCAACCAUUUCUAAGACUGUUGAUGAAUUUGGAAACGCUGAAUCGGAGAUCACUAGCGAAUGGGCGGCGAGAAACUCUGCUCAAAGGAUCUUCAAGAACGUAGCUAAACCGAAUGCCAAGUAUAUUGAAGAGGAAGAUUUAAUGAGAUUUUUGACUCGUGUUGAGAUUCAUACUAUAUUUCCACUCUUUGAAGGGGCCCUUGAGACUGGAAGGAUAACAAAAUCUUCAUUUAGAAAUUGGGUGGUUCGAGCUUAUCUUGAGAGAAAAGCCUUAGCGCAUUCGUUGAAUGACACCAAAACGGCAGUUCAACAGCUGCACAAAUUAGCAAGUGCAAUUGUCAGUGUAAUUAUACUUGUGGUGUCUCUCAUGGUGAUGGAGGUAGCCACUUCAAAGGUAAUAGUUUUUGUCCUCACACAAAUUGUUCUUGUGGGCUUCAUGUUCCAAAACACUUGCAAAUGGUCUUCGAAUCCAUUGUCUUCAUCUUCAUCAUGCACCCUUAUGACAUUGGAGAUCGCUGUGUCAUUGAUGGUGUUCAGAAGUCCGGAAAUGGCAGAUGUUAUUAAUUUCAGUGUUGAUAUUUCUACGUCCAUGGAUUCUAUCAUUGCGCUUAAGAAGGCGAUUCAAGCAUAUAUCGAGAGCAAACCCAACUACUGGAACCCUAAACAUGCAGUGAUAGUGAAAGAAAUUGACGAACAGAACAAAUUGAAAAUUUGUGUAAGUGUUCAACAUACCAUCAAUCACCAGAACUAUGGGGAGAGGAGUAGUCGGGUAUCUGAGCUUAUUCUUGAGUUGAAAAAGAUCCUUGAGAAUCUUGGAAUCAAGUAUAGUCUUCUUCCUCAAGAGAUUCAUCUCACGCAGGUUAAUUUCGAGGAUUGGAGCUAGAUGUAUAGCAUGGCAUGCAUGCCAUUGAUUAUUGUCUUACUUAAAUAUAUUAAUUAUGGUUAUCUUCAUGUUUAAAAUAACUAUAAAAGCGAUUUCUCUAAUUAAGUUGUGCUACUUUCGUACUA